AUGAAGCGAGGACGAGUUGACGUGGGUGUGUCGAAGGAUCAGUACGAGGCGAGUCUGGUUGCCCCAGCGAUCAAAGAUAGCGUACCCGAUGUAUUUCCUCGUGCAUCGACGCAGGUGCUGAAAGCACGCAGGAUCGUAACGGUCAAACCGACCUCACGUGCGCAGGAAGCGGCCCGACAACUAGCAGCGCUUAAUCGCGCGUUUGUUGCUAACCUGAAGGCACAAUGGACGCACAACAAACGUGAAAGCUGGGAACAAAACAUGAAAGAGUAUUUGAAUUAUGCACGCGAGAUUGAUGCAAAGUUUGGUGCACGUUAUGGCCAAAUUCUGACUUUUGGCAGUGGUGAUUGCGGUCAGCUUGGUCAUGGCGUUGAAAUGGAUGAUGAUCUUAUGGCCAAAGUUCCCCGUGUUGUUCAUUCUUUAGCUAAGCUUAAAGUUGCUCGUGUAGCCUGCGGUGGCCUCCACUCGGCAGCUAUUACAGCAUCUGGAGAAGUCUAUACGUGGGGCUGCGAUGAUGAUGGAGCACUGGGCCGCGACGGUGAUGAAAAUGUCCCUACCAAGGUAGGAAUGUUUGGACCGCAGGAUGCCAUAGCCAUUCAGGUUGUGGGCGGAGACUGUCACACGGCUGUCGUGACUUUGGCUGGAGAAGUCUACACGUGGGGUUGCUACCGUGACAAGGAGGGCAAACAGUGGUGUGAUGCUCGGUCGGCCAAAGACGCUUUUAAGCGUAAACAGACUAGGCCAUUUUUGAUUAAGGCACUUGAUAACAUUGCAGAUGUUCGCUGUGGUAGCUCGUUUAAUCUGGUGCGCACCAAUGAUGGCCGUGUGUAUUCAUGGGGCCUGGGCGAAAUGGGUCAACUUGGCCGUGAAGUAGAUGCUGAAAUGAAGGAUGCCAAGGGCGAUUACAAGGUUGAUAUGGUUUAUAGAGAUCACUUGCAGCCAAAGCCUGUGAUGCUUGGUAAAGACCCACUUCCGGUAGUUAAGGCCAUUGGUUGUGGCUCUUACCAUAGUUUAUUCGCAGUGAGUGCAAACGGGUAUCUGUACUCAUGCGGCUUGAACAAUUAUGGCCAGCUGGGAAUUGGUAACACUGAUAAUUCCUCUGAGCUGCAGCUUGUCGAAGACUUAAGCUCUAAAAACGUUGCAUUUGUUGACGGAGGCACGCAUCAUUCGGUUGUACUUACCAAUGACGGUGACGUCUACACGUUUGGUCGCGCAGACUCAGGUCAGCUUGGUGUGCUCGAGAGUUGCUGCACUGGUGAGUUUAAAGACCGCCCGCAAAAAGUGACGAUAUCAUCGCACAAUAAAAGUAGCUCAAGUGUUGUGCGCAUGGUCACUUCAGGCUCUAACCAUGUACUUGCUCUUACUGAAAGCAACGAGAUUUUCUCGUGGGGAUAUGGCGACAUGUUUGCACUUGGCAACGGAGUUGAUCGUGACGAAAACAAACCACGUCAGUUAGACUGGUCCAAGGCUAUAUCAGGCAAAGACAAAGAAGGCAAGGACCAACAAUUUGGUAAGGCAGAGAUUUUGCUGGUUGAAGCUGGUGGACAGCACAGUGCCGUGCUGGCACGAGUUGUUAAAGACAAAUGA